CCAGAAAAAAGUAGACACAAGCGCUGCAACAGCAACCGGCUUCUGAGGCGUUCUGCGAGCCCACCAGAUUCGAAACUUCUGGGCAUCUCUCCGGAGGGAACCGUGAUCAUGAUGUGGAAUAGUGGAUUUGAAAACUAUGGUGGCUCCUCCUACGGGGGAGCCGGCGGCUAUACACAGUCCCCGGGAGGCUUUGGGUCACCCACCGCAUCCCAGGCCGAAAAGAAAUCGAGAGCCCGAGCCCAGUACAUUGUACCCUGUACCAUAUCUCAGCUGCUUUCUGCCACUCUGGUUGAUGAAGUGUUCAGAAUUGGGAAUGUUGAGAUUUCACAGGUCACUAUUGUGGGGAUAAUCAGACAUGCAGAGAAGGCUCCAACCAACAUUGUUUACAAAAUAGAUGACAUGACAACUGCACCCAUGGAUGUUCGCCAGUGGGUUGACACAGAUGACGCCAGUGGUGAAAACACUGUGGUUCCUCCAGAAACAUAUGUGAAAGUGGCAGGUCACCUGAGAUCCUUUCAGAACAAAAAGAGCCUGGUGGCCUUUAAGAUCAUGCCCCUGGAGGAUAUGAAUGAGUUCACCACACGUAUGCUGGAAGUAGUCAAUGCACACAUGGUACUGAACAAGUCCAACAGCCAGCCCUCAGCAGGGAGAGCACCUGUCAGCAACCUAGGAAUGAGCGAAGCAGGGAGCUUCAGUGGCAAUAACUUCAUACCUGCAAAUGGCCUCACUGUAGCCCAGAACCAGGUACUGAAUUUGAUUAAGGCUUGCCCAAGACCUGAAGGAUUAAACUUUCAGGAUCUCAGGAACCAGCUCAAACACAUGACGGUCCCCUCCAUCAAGCAAGCUGUGGAUUUUCUGAGCAAUGAGGGGCACAUCUAUUCUACUGUGGAUGAUGAUCAUUUUAAAUCCACAGAUGCAGAAUAACUGGAUCUAACUGGGUACCUGAGAUAUUUUUCAUCUGGACCUGGCUUCACAAUCUUGAUGUCCCCGGCUGUGCAGAUGUUUGGCCAGGUGACUUCUAGGAAGUAGAUUUCAUCUAUGAAACGUCUCAACUGACGUCCUUUUGACAUUUACUGCUCUUCUGCGUUUGUUUUUGGGGUUUUUUUGAAGUUCAAAGGGUGAUAAACAAUUCACAGGAUGUAACCAGGGCAGAAUUUCUUGGAGAAGUUACAAAUAAGCUAGUUACAACAUCAGGAUGGAUGGGAUUGGAAGAGAGAUG